AUGAUAAAAUCAUGUAGAAUUUUUUUAUAAUAUAAGUGGAGGUGGUUAAUACGACAAAUGAGGUUUGAAGAAAGGAAACUGGGUUGAUUUGUUUGAAAAUUUCUAUAGGUAAAUAUUUAGAAUAUUAAUAUUAGUUAGUGUUAAAUCAUUUUUAAGUGUGAGUAUCAUAAUGGUAAAAAAUAGGGUAAAUAGGAUAUUUGACCUAGGGUAAGAGUGACAACCAUUUUAAUAAAUGUAAAAUAUUUUCUCUUAUUUAAAGUGGAUGUGGGUUAUAUGAUCAAAAUGGAUUGAAAAAUAGAAAUUCGAUAGAUAUUUGUGGUGAUUUUGAUAUGUAAUCAUUGUUACAUUAUUUAGUUAAAAUUAAGUUACUUAUAGUAGAUAUCAAUUAAUUAAUAUUGAAAAUAAAACUAAUAGGAAAAUUAUAUAAAGUAAUUGUUAUAAACAGUAUUAUGGUAAAUAUAAAAAUGAUUAUAAAACUGGCAGAUGGGAUAUUUAUUAAAUGAAUUAUGGGAGAAUGUCAAAAAAAGAAUUGAGGUAUAAUCUUAUUAUUAUUAUUUAUAAGUGGUGGAGGAUUUUAUAGCCAAAAUAGUUUGAAAGUAAGAUUAUGGGCAGAAAUGAUUAAAAAUUGUUCUUGGUAUUCAUAAAAUUUUAGAAAUAUAAUAUUAGUAUUUGUUAAAAAAUUGAGAAAGGAGAGUAUAAAAAUAGUAUAAGACAAGGAAGAUGGUCCAUCAAUAAUAAGAUUAGAACGAAUUUUAUACAAGAUGUUAAUAUAUAUCAAUUAAUUUUUACUAUUAGUAAUGGUGGACUUUACUUAGAUUAAGAAUAGAAGAAGGGUAAAUGGGUAAAACUUAUUGAAGAUUUUUAUGAGUAUUAUAUCAUAUAUGAUUAAUUAAUUAAUUAAUUAGGUAAUAUAAGUCAUUUUAUAAGGUGAAUAUAAAAUUGCAAA